UUUUAUUAUGGGUUUUGAUUUCUGUUGUUGAAAUUUGUUAUUUCAAACGUUGUUCUAGAUCUUGCAUCCUGAUACUAGUAAGGAAAUAUGUGCUGAAAUCUUCUGUAGCUGUUUCCUCGUUAACCUGAUUGAAGUUAUUAAAAAAGAUAACCUGAUGGACUAUUGGAUUUUUAAUAUUAUUUUUUCUAAUUUUUUUCUUCAUUUUCCAGCUCGAUUCGUUUCGUAAAGUAUCGUUUUUAUUUAUUUAUUUACUUUUGCAUCUUUUUAUCUUGGAUUUAAAUUCCAAUUUCUUGUUUCUUCAAAUAAUGUAGUAGGUUUCUUGAAUUGAGCAAUAUUACAAUGGGAAAACUAUGCCGAUGGCAGAAUAGCUAGGUUGUGUGUGCCUGGCUUCCAAAACCUCAUAUUAUUGCCUCAACUGAUACAUAAUCUGUGUUUUGCUUCACAAGUAGGCUUUGGAGAUAUUCAAAUGCAGUCAACUCCUGAAAAAGCUUUUGUUAUGUUGAAAAGGGAAGCUACCGACUUGGUUGGGUCAAGUUUUACAAGUCACAUGGAUAAUACUUUCCCAGAUGCUGCUUCUUCUGCUUCAUCAUCUGAAGACGAUGACCCUCAGGUGACACAAAAUGAAGAUGAUCUAUAUAAUGGGGAUGCUUCUAAACAGUUAGUGCUCUAUGCUCCUGCUGUCUGUAGUAGUGUUGGUUGCACGCCUCCUGGACCUAUCCAGUGCCGACCUUCUGCAGGUCCAAGGUUUUCUUCAUCUAGACUAUUGCCGUCUGUUGGGGCUUUCACUGUCCAGUGUGACCGUUGUUUUAAAUGGAGGCUUAUACCAACAAAGGAGAAGUAUGAAGAAAUACGAGAACAUAUUUUAGAAAAUCCCUUUGUUUGUGUGACAGCUCGUGAAUGGCGGCCUGAUAUCUCGUGUGAUGAUCCAACGGAUAUCUCUCAAGAUGGUAGCCGGCUUUGGGCAAUUGAUAAACCAAACAUCGCUCAACCUCCUCCAGGCUGGCAAAGGCUUCUACGAAUUAGAGGUGAAGGAAGUACCAAAUUUGCAGACAUCUACUAUCAAGCACCAACAGGAAAGAGACUGCGGUCAAUGGUGGAGGUGCAGAAGUACUUGAUUGAACAUCCCGAGUAUGCAACAGGAGUAAACUUGUCUCGAUUUUCAUUUCAGAUCCCCAAGCCUUUACAGGAAGACUAUGUGAGAAAGCGCCCUGCCCGUCAGACAGCCUCACAUGGUAAUGAAGUGAAUCUGCUAGUUUGGGCUGGUCCAGAUGAUACAGAAGUGGAGCAGGGACACCUAGCGCUUCCACCUCCUACUGCUGAGGCCUCUGUUUCUUAUUCACCUAAUCGGCCUGCUAAGCAGGCUAGGAGAACCCCACCAGAACAGAUGUACCUAAGCAAGCAUGUUAGCAAGGUAGAAAAGGCCAGUCUGUCAAGAAAUAGCAAUUAUGAUCAGUGAGACUCGGACCGUAUCGAAUAUCUCUCUGACUAUUUUGUUCAUGUUUGCUGGGUGGUAUGCUGGACUAAAUUUAAAGUCAUAUGACAUUUUAUUUGUAUAAGAUAUGGGGAACUUAGUCAUACAACUAUACAUGUAUGAAGGGGCCUUUUGAUUAUUCUUUCAUUUUUGGGCUGAAAAUUUAUUUUUGGUUCU